AUGAGGGCCACACCGACAGACUCGGCCGCCCUGACUCUGAUUCUUCUACCUUUUGCGCUGUUCUUCGUGCGAGUUAUCGGCGACGGCACUACGCGGACAUUCACGAAGCCGAACGGUCAGAAAUCGCAGCUCAUCUCGUUUGACACUAAAGGCGGAGAAGUCGAAAUCACUUGGGAUGUGUCGGUGCCCUUCUUCACGAUACCGUUGAAUCACGUAAGCGAGACUGGCGAGGUAUUACCGCUGCUUAACGUUAACACGAGAGGGUUGUCAAUUGCCGGCGUGUUAACAGCCAUCCUCUCUUUGGCGGUGCCUCUCUUCUCGAAGCCAGGCCCAGGAAUGCAGUAUCGAAGUCUCGACUCGCAAUGGUCGCAAAUGGGAGAUACGAUAAACGAGAUUGUGUUUAGCAACCGGUACGUCACACCCUGUGUCCAGCGCAUUGUUUGCUCCGUCGUUUCCGAGGCGAGUCAGUCCGACAACCCUACGAGCACCGACAAGAUUAUCGAUGGAUUAUCAAGUCACAAGUGGUUUAAGGAAUUCACGAAUGGCACAGUCAUUCAGGAAGCUAUUAAGGUAGGUCGAGAAGGGCAUCACGAUUGCGGCCGCAUUUACAAGGAGUGCUUUGUGUCGCCAAAAAUUCUUAAAAGUAUGAUGGGGCAAUUCGGCACAAUUUGAUGUCGCGACGUUCGACGUUUUGCAAUUGUAAAUUGUAAAUUGUAAAUGUAUUAUCGAUCGCGAAAUAGGCGACAUUUGCGUAUCCUUUUACAGUCGCAUAUCCUUUUAUUACUGCGAAACGAACAGCGAACGACUUUGCGAAAUUUUUGCAAAACACUCUCUGACCCGACGAAUCUGUCUCACGUUCAAUUUUGAAACCACUCGCGGUGUGACGAGCGAGUUAUGUACAUCAAAACGACCGAUCUUCAUUAUCCUGAUGCACGAGGUGUGAAAUUUCGUUGCGCUUAGAGAAACCACGUCGCGUAUUUAGAUGACGCGCUUUCACUUUUUCUUUUACACAAAUCGUUAGAAAAUUACUGCGAUUUUGACAAACACGUGUCUGGUGUCACGUAAGUCAUUCUCAACCAAUUUCGCUUAAAACAAACGAUUUCGAUUUCUUCGUGACAA